CGUUCCUGCUACGCGAAUCGGGCAAGGAGAUCAUCAGUCGUGGCGAUGAUUACUAAAGCCAAGUCCAAGUAACUAGAUCCAGUCCUGCCCGAUGUGAUUUGAUCAUAUGUUUCUGGAUGUCAUACAACAUGAACAUCACAUGAAAACUGCUCUUAAGCCGAUUAUCUGGCACUAUUCAACGUAGAGCUGCCCUGUUGGAAGCAUACUCUCGUUUAAAUUAGCUUCAUUCGAUAUUGUUUUGACUAUACUGCUACGUCUUUCUAAUCUCCUUGCUCGUAAAUCUUGAAAGCUGCCUAGCCUGGUAGGUCUGUCGAGAAGAAGAAUGGCAAUGGAGUGGGAAAUAACCAAAUGGAAGUUGGGGGCCGUUUAGCCAAGUGCUGGUGAUCUCUUUAGUCGCGGAGUAGCGUGGUAGACUUCACCAAUCAACAACAAUCCUCCGGCUCCAGCGCUCGCUGUCCGCGCCAAUUCUUUUCGAAAUCAUACUUCGACAGCACAUGAAUUCAAUCUAUGAUGGAGAUCUCUUCUUCGCGCAAGCGGCCACGCCCGGUAGUGUCCUGUCUCCGAUGCAGAGAGAAGAAAUUGAAAUGCGACCGCGCGGCGCCAUGUCAGAACUGCAGUAAAGCGGGCUGCCGUGCCGAGUGCACUUACAACCAGCUUCUUCAGUCUAGCGAGUCCCUUCCCAAGGUUAAGCGAGUUCAGCUUUCCACAGAGAGAGAAGGUGAUGAUCAACAAACCCAAUCGCGGUCGGGGACCGGCAUUAUCGAGGAUCUUCAGCAGCGUGUGGUCAAGCUGGAGGAACUCCUCGCGGUUCGACCGCAUGCUGGCAAUUUGGACCCGAUGAGAGAUGCUCUUGUUCAGAGUUCAUGGCCUCGAUCAGAUUCUACACUCACCACCUCACCCUCUCUCGGGACGUUAGUCGUCAAGGGGUCGCGAGCACGUUAUCACGGGCAAAACAAUCGCGUCACGCUUCUGAAUCAGUUCCCUGACGCGAAGGCGUUCAUCAACCACUGCUUCGAAGAUUCCGCGCUCGUGGGGCUGGCCAAAGAAGUCCAGUUCCUUCAGACAAAGUCACUGGCACCCAUCACUACACCCGAGUCGCUCUCUGAGAUGGACAGUUCCCCUGCACUGCAACAGCUUCUUAGUUCCCUUCCUCCCAAAUCAACUUGUGAUAAGCUGUUGGAAGUUUACACCACCAACUGCGAGAGGACUCUUAGAGUCAUCCACGUCCCCUCCUUUCUCCGCCAAUGCUCUUCUUUCUGGCAAGAUCCUGACCACCACUCUGCGUCCAGCUUUGUGCCUCUUCUGACAGCUGUCUUGACUGUUGCUGUUUCAUUUGAUCCUGAACCAUCUACCCCCAACGAAUCAUCAUCAUGGGACUACCUGGCAAAAGAUGCCACCCCGUCACUACAAGCCUGGCUGUCUAACCUCCCUAGGAAACAUCGUAUAGAUCUGGCAACUCUGCAAGUCGAAACAUUGUUGUUGAUCUCCCAGGAGCUCCAUCUUGUGCCCUCAGAAGAGCUAUGGAAAGCCAGUGGCUCCCUUGUCCGCUCUGGUAUGGUGAUGGGGCUGCAUGUUAAUCUCUCUCAAUCCACCAACCUGUCUUUCUACCAGGCAGAAUGCCGUCGACGACUUUGGAUCACAAUUGUUGAACUGGAUCUUCAGGCCUCUAUUACAUCUGGCAUGCCGGUCAUGACACCACAAUUGGACUUCGGGCCUCUCACACCGUUGAAUAUCAACGAUGUCGACUUUGACGAGUCAACAUCAAAGUCGCCCUCUCCAAGGCCCCUUGUCGAGGACACCGACUCCUUGAGUCUAAUUACCCUCGCCACUUCAUUGGCUCAUCGGAUUAGAGUGAUGAACACGGUGCAACAAACAAACCCGCGUGAUAACCUCAGUGAACGCGUCAAACAAGGCCUACGGCUGGAGAAAUACAUUUCUGAUGUUCCAGCCCAGUUGAAGCUAGAUCACGACACGGAAAGCGCGCGCCCCGCGUCUGUUUUGAGUCACGUCCUCCUCGACAUCUUCCUUCGCCGCCCUUUGCUUUACCUUCUUCGUCCUGCCAUCACCCACAUCUCCCAUGAUGACCCAUCUUUCCAUGAGAUACGAGGGGCUUGUCUCGACUCAUCACUUGCCAUUCUUUCUUACCAAGACCACUUUGACCCUCAAUUUGCUGACCUUGACGUGUCAAACACAACCGCCUACUGGGACAUUUUCUACACACUCUGUCAGCAUGACAUCUUGCAAGCAGCUCUCAGUGUAUGCGAGCAUAUGAGGCUACCCACCAAAACCUUGGUGGCUGCAUCUCCCACCAGAGACGUCACCGAGCCCAGAAAUUCCCGCAUACCGAUUCCCGGCAGAGCUGGCUUAACCCGCAUCAUCGAGAACACGAUAGGCAGCCUCACGCGUCGAGUUCACUGCAGAGGAAACAACAUCAAAGACCUCAUCUUGCUAACCGUUGUUCUUCAGUCGAUUCGCGCCCGUGGAUCCCCAGAGCAAAAAGAGGUUUCAAUGCUACAAGGAGCCACGAACACUUUGACUGCCUGCCGCCAGCAUCUGCUCUCCAUUGCCACGCAACACACUCUUACAUCUGAUUUGCCGAAUUUGGCACAACUGGUAAUUACCUUUCGUCUGCUUUAGAAUGCCUUCUCAUCAGUCUACAGAUUCAGCCCUCUCUGACCCUGACACGAUCACAAAAUCCGGGGCAACAGCCAUCUACUCCCCAGUCCCAGAUACCGGAUGCCGUGCAACUACCAUCUCAAGCCACCGCCGAGUUCGAAAAUUUUGUCAGCGAUCUAUUCUCAUUUGAUGAUGGAUCAUUUAUGUGGAAUAUAUGAACAUACGAUCACGAGUCCAAUCCGGCCCGGAGACCUAGGCCGAUCAUAGAUUAGCAAAGCAGCGUGGAGGUACAAUCUGCUGGGCGAUGGAAUACAGCGGUGAGGAAGCACCGAAGUAUAUAUGGAUUGUUUCGGGGUGACGAGCACCGAUUUGUUAAGACUCCUUAUUGUUUGAAAAUUCUCCAUGGUUUCAGAAACAUUAUAUCGUUUCCCAAUACUCGAUCAAUCUAUUACAAGAAUAACCCAAU